AUGUUUCUAACGGAAAGAAACAAGCUUAAACUAUUGUCACGUAACGAAGGAAAAAUUAAGUCAUAUGAAUCUUGCCACGACCUUAGAGCAUGGAGUCAUGAUAACCAAACGCGAGGGCGUUACUUCAGGGAUUGGAUAAAGUGCAACAUGCCCAUUUGCGUACUCCCAGUUUGUACAAUAACAAGUUUCUUAAAAACUAUGACUUGGAGAGGUCGUGGAAGGGGUUCGCCCCGUUGUCAUCCAGAUUGUAAAUCGAAACUUGUACUAGAUAGUAUCUGCUCAUCGUGUCAUGGCAUGAAAGAAUGUUUAAGAAAUGAUGCAGCCCAUGAAAAAUAUUUUGACGAGGAGGAAUUUGAAACAGCUCAUUGGCCAUGUGAACGAUGUUUAGAAGCACUUAAGAGCAUUAAAAUGAUGUGGAAGAUUAUAAUAGAAAGAAUAUUUAAUAUUAAGAUACCUAAAGCUGAAGACAUUAAUACUUCCAGUACCAGUAAUGAAAGCGUUCACAAUAUAGCAAAGGCUUGGCAAAAUGAAAUGGUUCAACAAACCAUAAUCGUUAAAAAUUUAUCGCCCUGUGUAAGCGGACGUAUAAAUUUUAGUUCUCUAACCUGCAGAUCAAGCACGAAAGACGUAGAAAAAGAAAGCAGGUUAAGCAAUUUUAGACAGAAGGAAGUCAAAGAUAAUUUUAAGCAUAAAACCACUGAAACUGAUGAUAAAGUAUUAUAUAAAAUUAGUAACAUUCAAGAGCACAAUGCAUCAUUACGUAGAAAAUUAAGUCGAUGUACAUCAUUUAGAGUAAAAACACUAGAUUUCGGAUGUGACGCUUGUGAUACUGACGAGGCGGAAUUAAAUUUAUGUAAAAAUAAUUUAGAAUACUUACAACAACGAUUCAACGUACAAAACGAUGAAUUGAAACGACUUAAAAGUGAAAACUUUUCACUCAAAUUAGAACUGCGACAGAUGAUCAGGAAUCGAAAUAUAUCAGAUAUACCAAUGAUUAUUUCUGACACUCAUACUGCUGUGAUACCGAAGCCAUACGAAACAUAUUUUGACGAAAAAGACACUGGAUUAACCCAACAAGUUGAUUCAGAGAUUGUGAUUACUUUAAAAAAUUGUCAAAAUGAGAAAUUCAGAAAAGUCUCCCUUUUACAAGUUUUACAUAAAACAAACGGACCAUUUAAUGAUGAAAAAAUAGAUAAAAACAUAUGCAGUAAACAUGAAGAUCCAGUAAAGAUACUGGCCAAAGUUCAUGAUACUUUUGGUACUAUUGUAAAAAGAGAGAUGAGAAUAGCAAAUAGUAAGCGUUUGAGUUCGGAAAAGAUACACAUAGAUGCAUCAUAUCAUAAAAUGAGUUGCUGUAGAUCAAAUCCGUCUUGUUCUAAAAUAUCAUCACUAUCUUCCUUGAACGACUCUGUUUUUGUAAGUAUUUAUAGGAGACCUCGGUUCGAUAAUUUCUUUUUUAAUUACAAUAAAUCUGAACACAUCUUAUUGAUUUGA